AGGGGAAUAUUCUUCCAGGGGUACAGAUGCUCCAUUUGCAGAACUCCUGCACACAAGGAAUGCUUGGGCCGAGUGCCAUGCUGUGGGAGGCAAGACUGUGGUCCAUUGUCUACUAAAAAGGGCCGUGGACCGCCAAAUAAAAGAACAGACUCAGGUCUUACAAAGAUGGAAACAUGUCAGGAGUACUUCGGAAUUCCUCCACCGCCUAUUGCUUUUGGUCCACCACUGAAAAUGCAAAAAGGGGAUGUUAUAGAACUGACAAAAGCAGAAGCUGAACAGAACUGGUGGGAGGGUCGCAAUACUUCCACCUACGAGCUUGGUUUCUUCCCAUGCAGUCAUGUGAAGCCCUAUAUAUAU